CGCUCCUCCGAUCUCCUGCCACUCAUUCGAGAGAGAGAGAGAUUUGAAGAAGAGAUGAAGGUGAUAGAGAAGAUAAGGGCAGCAGCAGAAGAGGAAGGGAAGGUGGUGUUCUCUUUCGAGUUCUUCCCACCAAAGACAGAGGAUGGAGUGGAUAAUCUGUUCGAGCGCAUGGAUCGAAUGGUCUCUCACAACCCUUCCUUUUGCGACAUUACGUGGGGUGCUGGUGGUUCUACUGCCGAUCUCACCCUCGACAUCUCCAAUAAGAUGCAGAACAUGAUUUGUGUAGAAACAAUGAUGCAUUUGACUUGCACAAACAUGCCAGUGGAGAAGAUCGACCAUGCUCUGGAUACCAUCAAAACCAAUGGCAUCCAGAAUGUUUUGGCUCUUAGGGGGGAUCCUCCUCACGGACAGGACAAGUUUGUUCAAGUCGCUGGCGGAUUCGCUUGUGCUCUCGACCUGGUGAGGCAUAUUCGAGCCAAAUAUGGCGAUUACUUUGGCAUAACUGUUGCUGGUUAUCCAGAGGCACAUCCUGACAUGAUACAAGGAGAUGGUCUGGCGACUUUAGAAGGAUAUCAGAGUGAUCUUACUUACUUGAAGAGUAAGGUUGACGCUGGUGCAGAUCUUAUUAUCACUCAGCUCUUUUAUGAUACUGAUAUUUUUCUCAAGUUUGUGAAUGACUGUCGCACAAUCGGAAUAACAUGCCCUAUUGUUCCGGGUAUCAUGCCAAUUAACAACUACAAGGGGUUCUUGCGCAUGACUGGGUUCUGUAAAACUAAGAUUCCAGCUGAAAUUAUGGUCGCUCUUGAGCCUAUUAAAGACAAUGAAGAGGCUGUCAAGGCCUACGGAAUACACCUUGGAACUGAAAUGUGCAAGAAGAUUUUAGCUCAUGGGAUCAAAACACUGCAUCUUUACACACUAAACAUGGAGAAAUCAGCCUUGGCCAUAUUAAAGAAUCUUGGGUUAAUAGAUGAGACUAGGGUUUCAAGGUCCUUACCAUGGAGACGUCCUGCGAAUGUCUUUCGUGUUAAAGAAGAUGUUCGACCAAUUUUUUGGGCUAAUCGUCCAAAAAGCUACAUAUCCAGGACUCAUGGUUGGGAUCAAUACCCACGUGGGAGAUGGGGUGAUUCUGGUAAUCCAUCGUAUGGUGCACUUUCGGACUACCAGUUCAUGCGACCUCGUUCACGUGACAAGAAACUUCAGGAGGAAUGGGCUGUCCCAUUGAAAUCUGUUGAGGAUAUUCAUGAGAUAUUUAAGAACUUCUGCCUGGGGAAACUUAAAAGCAGUCCAUGGUCAGAGUUAGAUGGGCUUCAGCCAGAAACAAAGAUCAUAAACGAACAAUUGGGAAAUGUUAACUUGAAAGGGUUUUUGACUAUCAAUAGCCAACCAGCAGUCAAUGGGGAGAAAUCCGAUUCUCCAUCUGUCGGAUGGGGUGGGCCAGGUGGGUAUGUUUACCAAAAAGCCUAUCUGGAAUUCUUCUGCUCCCAAGACAAGUUAAAUGCGCUGGUCGAGAAAUGCAAGGGUUUACCGUCUCUCACCUAUAUUGCUGUGAAUAAAGAAGGGCUAUAUGUGUCGAAUACCAGCAUGAGCGAUGUGAAUGCAGUGACAUGGGGGGUUUUCCCUGCUAAAGAGAUCAUCCAACCAACUGUUGUGGAUCCUGCAAGCUUCGUGGUGUGGAAGGAUGAGGCAUUUGAGAUCUGGACAAGGGGAUGGGCGUUCCUAUUUCCAGAGGGCGACCCCUCAAGGAAGAUUCUGGAACAGGUGCAAAGCAGCUAUUUCUUGGUCAGCCUGGUCGAUAAUGAUUAUAUCCAUGGAGAUCCUUUUGCAGCUUUUAAGGGCAUCUGAGCAGUCUUUUUCUUCCAAAUGGGUGUGUACUAGCAUAGAGGAUUGAGCACUUCCAUUGAUUACGUCUGCUUUAGAUAUCAGAAGCGACAUGAAGCGGGAGCCAACAAAAAAAAUAGAGAAUAAGUUGUUUUCAUAUCAAAAGUAUCUAGGAAUCAUUGCUGGAGUCCAAGUUGGAGGCUAAUAGAAGAUUUUUGCAACUCUAGUAACCAUUUGUUUAGAUGGUAUUGUAUUGUAUUUGUGUACCAGUAAGAUUAUUCUCCUGCUAUUGUUUUGCAUUUGGAUCUUGAUUAAUGCCAAUCCAAAUGCAAAUGGCUUUGCAGAAGAGCUGAACUGUAACAGACUAUCCAAUAUAUAAUUUCAUGCAUUAUGGUUCCUAGUAA